AUGAAGUCACCGAUACCGCCGAGUCCAUCCCGCAUUCUCAGGCCGACCGCUACCCUUGAGGCAUCUACGACAGAAACUCAGGAAGGCCGGAUCAUAAAGCCAGUCAGAUCUAACGUUACUGGGAAGAUCGAGGACCACAACCUCAUUACUUUCAAGCUCAACGAUCCAGAAAACCCUAAGAACUGGAGCAAAGCGCGGAAAUGGUACAUCACGAAGGUUGAGCUAUAUCUUGCUUCCUUCGUCGUCGCUUUUGAUAGUAGUGUGAUCACAGCUGGUAUAGGACAGGUAGCGGAGGAAUUCGACAUAGGGGAAAUUGUGGACCUCCUUACGAUUACAGUCUGUGAGCCAAUGUCAGAAAUGUUUGGACGAAAGCCAGUAUAUGUCCCUACACUGUCGGUCGCUGUUGUCUUCUUGAUUACGGAGUACAUAGUGUCAGGAGAGGGCUGUGUGGGCGCUAGUCACGUUCACCGCCCCUGA